CAAAGCGUGUAACAUCACCGCCUCGUCGAUGAUUCUAUAAAUACCUCAGACUUGCAGUCUACGCUACACACUCCAGUCGUCUGGAAACUUAGCCUUAUAAAAUAAUAAAGUUGUCUUUGGUUUAAAAAAAUAAUUGUGGCCAGUUACAAAACUUUCCAAAAUGGCGUUCAAAUUUAAAUCGCGUUGUUUGGUGUUGAUUUUAAUGUGGUGCAUGUGCUAUGCGAAAAUUACGGAAAAUAAAACAGAAUCUUCCGCCGAGGUGAAACCGGAGAAAAUUAAAAAGUCAACAGAUGGCGCUGCGCUGAUGUUCGCCGAUGAAUUCAAACAGACAUUAGAGCGCUAUUUAUUCGGAAUAUGCCCGCAGAAUUUCAAGUCUCGUUGGUGGCAGAUGCAGCUGGGCAACAAGGCGAAGAACACCACCACGCCCACAUGCGACCUGGACGAUGAACAACAGGACUUGGCUGGCAGACUGGCCACACUAGCGCUACGUGCACACACGGCUUCUCGGUCGGACUGCUCACGGCUCGGCGCCGCGCUCGCGAACACACUCGGCGAACUCGCGCGAACAGCCGCAACCAGACAAGUGAAUGCAGUUGCAGCGGCAAACGAAGCCAACAAGAAAAGGAAACUGUCUAAGAGCCAAAAACUGAAGAUCCAAGCCAAACAGAGGACAGCGUUGGCCGUGAAGAAGAAGGCAGCCGCGAUGGCCGCCGCGGCCGCCGCCAAGAUGGCGUCCUGAAUGAAAUAUUGUAAUUUGAAACGAUCGCCGACUCGUGUCGUUCAUACGAUAAUCGUGAAUGUGGAAAUGUAUUAUAAGAAUUUGAUGUUAUGGUCAAGCCCUGUUGGACAAAUUGUAACAAAAUUUGUACCAUAAGUUAGAGAAUUUUACGCAAUUACAAAAUUUAAUUCUAACUUGUGUGGUGACAUCCAUGUUAUUUAGUGUUAUUAGCAGAGUUAUAUUAAUGAAGGAACACUCGUACUACAUACAUACAUCAAUUGUAACAUUAUGUAAUAAUUAAAUUUAUAAUUUUUAUUUCGAAUCCCCGCCUAAUGGUAAUUGGUCACGUUAGCCCUUUACAUGGGCAUCAACACUAUCAGAGAUAGAGACAACCUCAGAAAAAUAACUGCAAUUUUGUAAUGGUAAAUAUAUUAUAAUUGAUAAUUCUACUGGUAAUAAAAAAAUCAAUUAGAGAUACCUAAGUAAAUAUGGAAUAAACUACCAAAGAGUUCUAUGAUUCUUUGAAUGCUAAAAACUUAUCUUUGAAUAAGCAAAAGCAAUGAUAUUAAAUGCUUGACUAAAGACCUAAAGGCUUUUAUGCGAUAAUGUACAAAGUAAGCAAAAAAA